AUUAUUUUGCAUAUUUUGUGUCUCUCAUAUUAGCUCAGUUGUAAAUAAUAUUGCUACUUUUUUACACUUUGUACAUAUUUAAAUACAUAUUUCUGAAAAUGUCUUGGAUUGAAAAACAACCAUUCUCAACAUUCCGAGGUUUUAAUUUAACCGAGUUGAAGAUUGACGAAGCUUGGAUGAAUGUGACCAAUUUGGCGAAUCAGACGCUCUGGCUGUACCAACGUUCAACGGAUUGUUAUGAAUGUCCAUUCAAGUUAAGAGAUGACCUCGAUUUAUCUCCCGGAGACAACACAGCACAGUUUAAAGUUUCUACGAAAUUUCCGAUAAAAUACCGUUUUAGGACGGAUGCAAGUUCUCGCUAUGUUUUGGAAGAUGGUGAUCAAAGCAUCUUUUGCGAGACGGAAGCAUCUCUGGGAGAAUUUGGAGUAUAUGAUUUGACGGCUGAUAUCACUGGGAAAUGCAGUUUAGAAACUCAAUUAGAACCAGUUAACAUCUAUUUACCACUCGUCUUGGCAGCGAUAUUUUACUGUCUUCUGACAAUCGGCGCACUUAUCUAUCAAACGAAUAAGGCAAGAAUUUUCCCCAAGAUUGGGAUCAAGCAAAAUAAUUCUGUAAAAAGUGCCACAGAAAAAGAAACUCCAGCUCCAGUCGUAAAACAGCGACUCAGAUCUCUGGAUACAUUUCGAGGAUUGUGCAUAAUUAUCAUGAUUUUCGUCAAUGAUGGCGGAGCCCAAUAUUGGUUUUUUGAACAUGCGACAUGGGAUGGCCUUUACGUGGCGGACUUGGUUUUCCCGUGGUUUUUAUGGAUUAUGGGAGUAGUAAUCCCUGUCUCCAUUAAGUCUCAGCUCCGCAAGAAAAUUCCAAAGUCCGCAAUUUUAAAGGGGAUUCUUAUCCGAUCCCUGAAACUGAUUGGGAUUGGGCUUAUGCUCGCCUCGAGGAGGGGACCAAUUAAUCCUGAGACAUUCCGCUUGCCAGGUGUACUCCAGAGAUUUGGGGUCUGUUAUUUCGUAGCAGCGUCCUUAAUGUUAUUGAGUGCGAGUGAAGAUUUUGUCACGAAUAGAAUUCAUAACAACAAAAUUAUCCGAAUCUUCCAAGACAUCACGAUCCUCUGGAAAGGCUGGUUACUUGCUCUGAGUAUUAUCAUGCUUCACACUUUGCUCACAUUUCUCCUGAAAGUUCCAGGAUGUCCGACCGGCUACCUUGGCCCUGGCGGGAUCCACCUCUACAAAGACAUCGCCUCUUACCCUUCCCCAAGUCACUGCAUCGGAGGUGCUGCAGGCUACAUAGACACCCAAAUCCUCACAAUCCACCACAUCUUCAAAUUCCCCACAGCCCUCUCCACCUAUGAAGCCGGCCCCUUCGACCCUGAAGGUAUUUUAGGCACGCUCCCCUCAAUCUUCCAAGUCUGGCUCGGUGUCCAAACCGGAAUGACGCUCCAAGUCUUCCCCACCGCAAAGGCACGCCUCAUCCGCUGGUCACUCUGGGCCAUUCUGACCGGCGGGGUUGGUGCCGCGCUAUCCAGCGCUAAACAAACCGGGGGACUGAUCCCACUCAAUAAAAACCUCUGGUCGCUAUCCUACGUCGCGGUCACGACGUGUUUCGCCCUCCUCCUCCUCAUCACCCUGUUCGUUCUGAUUGACCUUAAAAAGUGGUGGUCAGGGUCACCCUUUUACGAGCCGGGGAUGAAUUCCAUCCUCCUCUACGUCGGACACAGCGUGGGUUACGUCAUCCUCCCGUUUCACUUCGGGUACAAGGCAGCCAUGGUUGGGACGCAUUUCGUCCGACUGGUCGAAGCCCUGUGGGGCACGUCGCUCUGGGUCUUGAUCGCUAUCUACUUGUGUAAUAUUGAAUACUUUUGGACCUUGUAGUUGAUGAUUGACGUUAUCAUUCACACAGUUUUUUUGCUGUACAAGCAAAUAAAUAUUUUGCAGUCAUCUUGCAGUUUAGUACUAAAUAACUAUUAGCAUAAAAAUAAUUAGUUCCAGAGCCAAUAAUUAAAUAUGCAUGCUCCACUCCAGGAUGAAGAAAGAAUGGAAUUAUUGCGUGUUUUGUUUUCCAUUUGAUAAUGAGAUGCAUUGCAUGCAUGCACAGCAUCAGCAUCAUGAGAUGAGAUCACAUUAUGUACGCUUUCAAAUCUUUAUAGGAGAUGAAGGAUGUUGAUACUAAUGAAAUAAAUGAGACGGGCGUGGUAUUUCCCAGUAGUUGAAUAGGAGAGGUUGACACAGAAAAAAAUGAUGAAUGCGUUUAGAAUAUUUUAUCAAAGACGGAAUAAUAAAUUGGCAAAUGGAAACA